AUGACCCGUCCCUCGUCCUAUCGACCGACGCGCCGCCGCAGCCGAUGCGACGAUAGCCGACUAAUAAUCGCGCCGCGGACUAUUCAAACUGUGAGUUCAAAGUUGCGCGCGACCCUUUUGGGGCUUGAACGACGAACAGUCGGCAUGAACGAGCUUACCGCGCUGCAGAGCUGCGCACGGCUUCGCCGCUGCCAAGUUAGUUCGCGGCAGGUU